CCUACUACUCUUUCACAACAUAUCCAGGAAGGCAACCGACUUCAACGCCAAGCGCACCACUUACGAGAAGACGACCGCAGCCGCCCGCGCUGUCAAGGACAAGAACCAGCCCAAGAAUGAGCGUGGCUGGUACAAGAACGCAUGGCGCAGCCAGUGGGGCAAGAUGUGGGACGGCUACAAGCGCGACCCUGUGCGCUUCACGGCUGGCGAGAAGCAGACGCUGACGGAAGAGGAGGUCGGUCUUUGCAAGGAGCUUGAGUCUUUGCUGCCAAGCCGGGCUUCCGCGAGCGUCAAGGACGCCAAGGUGUCCUACGGUGCCAUCGACGCCGGGGGCCUUCUGGGACCGCUGGCCAAGGCCUUGAGCGGCCUCUCUUCAAAGACCAAGCGCUCCUCUCUGGGGUCCACAGGCGCCGUCGACGUCGCCGCCGCACCCCAGCCCAGCCCGCCCAUGCCCCCGCCCAUGCCCCCGCCCAUGCCCCAGUCCAGCCCAGGCGCCAUCGACAAGCUGGCCGCGGCGGGUGCCGAGCGCGUGAAGGCGCUGGGCGACAAGAAGCGGACGGAUGCGAAGAAGCGCAAGGAUGAGAGGACGGCCGAGGCGCCAGCUAAGAAGCACAAGGGCGAUGAGGUGGUAGCCCCGGCUGCCAAGGCCAAGACCGAUGCCAAGACUGCCGCUGAGGGCAAGGCUGCCAAGGUUCCGGCCGCGAAGGCUGGCAAGGCCGCCAGGGGCAAGGCCGCCAGGGGCAAGUAGACUGCCGAUGCUGGUGCUACAUGGAUUGUACAAUGUUCGGACUAGGCCUAGUACGGCUUAUUCUGGACUUAGCUACCGAGCAUUAGGAUGUUUGGACCCUGUGUAGACCACCUAGCGGUAGUAUGUUUGGACCCUGUGUAGACAUCCACUCCAGCAUGAGCGAGUGGCAUUUGAGGACUGCUGUGCUGCAUGUGCAUGACAGUGAGACUGUGAUGGGCGACAGAGCGCCUUUGACUGUGAUGCACUUACUGUCAGAUCGUAGUUGCGUGGAAAGCGAGUGAGAUGGUCGGUUCAGGUAAUCCUGAAACAUGUGUGCAGCCAGGGUCCGCCGCAGAUGUGGGAUAGAGGCAGUGUAACGUGCUCUGGAAUGAAGAGUUUCAUGUGUUUCUCCGUGGAUUGUACGGUUCCCCCGUGUUUCUGUUUUCGAAUCGCGUCUCAAGACGCAGUGCGUCUCGUGCAUCGCGUGUGUGUGAGACGCGGCGCGUCUAGGGUAUCAGGCUAGCGUCUGGUGUGACGCAUCGCGUUAGCUAAGACGCGCUCUCCAUGCAAUUGUACCGCGUCACGACUCGCGUUCCAUUGCGUCUCGCAGACGCAGUGAAACGCGCUAUCUGCAAUGGUGCCCCGCUUCA